AGCGAGCUAAAGCUAGUUAGCAACGUUUGUUUUUGUCGUGUGUGUCAGCGAAUUUCAGCUCUUCCUUGCGCCGAACCUAUAUCUCACAAAUCCCGGAGUGACCGACUUGUUGUCUGUCAUCUCUUUUAACGAUGAAGUUCCAGUACAAAGAAGAGCACCCUUUUGAGAAAAGGCGGUCCGAGGGCGAGAAAAUAAGGAAGAAGUAUCCGGACAGGGUACCAGUUAUCGUGGAGAAAGCCCCUAAAGCCAGAAUAGGAGAUCUGGACAAGAAGAAAUACCUUGUCCCAUCUGACCUGACAGUGGGCCAGUUUUACUUCCUCAUUCGAAAAAGAAUCCACUUGCGAGCUGAAGAUGCUCUCUUCUUCUUUGUAAACAACGUCAUUCCACCCACCUCAGCUACUAUGGGACUGUUGUACCAGGAGCAUCAUGAAGAGGACUUUUUCCUCUACAUUGCCUACAGUGAUGAGAGUGUGUAUGGGAACAGCCAAAGGGAAAUCUGAUCCCACUAUCAACCCCGCCCCCAACCACUACCCACCUUUCUGAGACCUCCACCAUGUGCAUUCAUUUAAAUAUUAAAUCCAGCUCAGCAGCCUAGAGUUCCCAGAGUAAAUAUGUCAGAUGCACUUUCACCAUCCAUACGUUACCCUUCUCCCAUCCAUUUAUGUCUUUAUUAUUCUGCAGUCUGAAUUAUAUUUGCCUCUCUUUUCAGUACAAACUUGGGCUAGGUGGUCUCGUGGCCAGUUAUUUUUCUAGUAUCAUAAUUGAUCAUAUAAAUCUGAGAACAAUUAAGGAAAUAGUAUUAGGACUAGGUUUAAAUUAGAGCUACUCAAGGGUUAAGGGGAGAAAGGCAUAGUGUUUGAGUUCACGUCAGCUCUUACUGACAAUAGAAAUAGUUAUUGGUUGUCCACUUUUGUUGACUUGCAGGAAGAUCAAGUACUUUUGAGUUUAGGGUAGUAGAUUAACAGCAACCACAAGCUGAAGGCAGAUAAUGUUGUCUCUGGCAGAGUAAAGGAAACUGUUUUGCAGCAGUUCUUCUGUGGCUGGAAUAGCUUGCAUAAUGUUUUUAAAAACAACCAUAACUGAAGUUUGUGAAAUGACAGUUGAGUGCGCUGCCCAGCAUCUGACCUGAGCACGGAGUCUAAUAGAAUUCAGACAUAAAAAGAAAAAAAACAACCAUCCUCUGCUUUCAGUGGUAAGACUAUUCUGUUGAUUGCUAUUAUGAUUAAUGUUGUUAUUAUUGUUAAUUUUAGAUGGCUUGAUUUCUAAAGGUAUUGUAAAGCUGAGUGCAGUUUCUCUUUUUUUUUAAGUUGUCUCCUUUUUUUAAAAGAAGAAAAUAAGAUUUGAACUCAGUAUACAGCCGCAUUACUGGCUCUUUCUCUCCACUCAUGACCAUACAUGAUAAAAUGUGAUAAAAUCAA